AUGCACCUCAUAGAGAAAGCAGAAGAGGACAAUCGAACGGUUAUCACAGAAUUCAUCCUCCUGGGAUUUGGGGAUCUCCCUGAGCUGCAGACCCUUCUCUUCCUGCUGUUUCUAGUGAUCUACACUGCGACCAUGGCUGGGAACAUCCUCAUUGUUGUGCUAAUUGUGACUGAUCAGCAUCUUCACACCCCCAUGUAUUUUUUCCUGGGGAACUUGUCCUGCUUGGAGACUUGCUACACCUCCACCAUCCUGCCCAGGCUGCUGACCAGUCUCCUGACUGGGGACAGAACCAUCUCAGUCAGUGGCUGUUUUGCACAAUUCUAUUGCUUUGGUUCUCUGGCAUGCACAGAAUGCUAUCUCCUGGCAGGGAUGUCUUAUGAUCGGUAUUUAGCGAUAUGUAAACCCCUGCACUAUGCAGCCUUUAUGGACGGUAGGCUUUGCCUCCAGCUAGCAGCUGGGGUUUGGAUCAGUGGAUUUCUAGUGUGUGUAAUAGUGAUGUCUUUUAUGUCACAAUUAAUUUUCUGUGGCCCCAAUGAAAUUGACCAUUUCUUUUGUGAUUUCACCCCACUAAUUCAGCUCUCCUGCAGCGACACCAGCCUGAUCACACAGGUUAGUUUUAUACUCGUGUCCCUUGAUUCACUUUGCCCAUUUCUAUUAACCCUGACAUCCUAUGUGUGUAUCAUCAGCACCAUCCUGAGAAUCCCAUCCUCCACCGGGAGGCAGAAAGCCUUUUCCACCUGCUCCUCCCACCUCAUAGUGGUAGCUCUUUUCUAUGGGACCCUGAUCAUUGUCUACAUGCUACCAAAAUCCGGCACCCUGAGAGCCCUGAACAAAGUUUUCUCCCUUUUCUACACAGUCCUGACUCCCCUGGUCAACCCCCUCAUCUACAGCCUGAGAAACAGAGAGGUCAAGGAGGCCUUGAGAAACGCUGUCAGGAGAUCUGUGACCCUUACAAAGAAUUUAGAUUAG